AUGGUGGUGUCGUUUGUCCGAGCCGCAGGCCGGCAUUCCGCCAAAAGACUCUGCCUUCGACCUACCAUCAAAGCCGUUUCUCGACACUCACCGCUCAUCUCCCGUGCGAUCUCGACGACUCCGUGUCGAAACGCGUAUGAAAAUGUCUCUCCCGAUCCAGAGGCGCCAAUCGGCCCGGUGGGCAUGACCAUGAGCCCGACUGACGCCACCUUCACGACGCACCUGCCGGACAAGGAGUUGGACGAGGACUACAAGCCGAGAAAAAUUCGUCAUUAUACCGUCAACUUUGGGCCCCAGCAUCCUGCAGCGCACGGUGUGUUGCGUCUCAUUCUCGAGCUGAACGGAGAGGAAAUCAUUCGAGCCGAUCCUCACGUCGGAUUGCUACAUCGCGGUACCGAGAAGUUGAUCGAAUACAAGACAUACCUGCAGGCUUUGCCUUACUUCGAUCGGUUCGACUACGUCUCCAUGAUGACCAACGAGCAGGUCUAUUCUCUUGCCGUUGAGAAGCUGCUCAAUAUCGAAAUCCCGGUACGAGCGCAGUGGAUUCGGACAUUGUUCGCGGAAAUCACGAGAAUAUUGAAUCAUUUGAUGUCUGUUCUUUCCCACGCCAUGGACGUGGGGGCUUUGACUCCCUUCUUGUGGGGAUUCGAGGAACGAGAGAAGCUGAUGGAAUUCUACGAGCGAGUUUCCGGUGCCCGACUUCAUGCCGCAUACGUCCGUCCUGGCGGUGUCAAGGCGGACCUACCGCUUGGUCUGCUGGAUGACAUCUAUGCUUGGGCAACUCAAUUCUCGGAUCGCAUCGACGAAACUGAGGAGCUUCUCACUGACAACCGAAUCUGGAUCGGUAGAACCAAAGGUAUCGGCGUCGUUUCGGCGGCCGAUGCGCUGAACUAUGGUUUCUCCGGUGUCAUGCUUCGUGGAUCGGGUGUUCCCUGGGAUAUUCGGAAGAGCCAGCCUUACGAAAAGUAUGACGAAGUAGAGUUCGAUGUGCCCGUUGGUCAAAAUGGCGAUUGCUACGACCGUUACCUUUGCCGGAUGGAGGAGUUCCGACAAUCCCUUCGAAUCAUCAAACAAUGUCUGGACAAGAUGCCACCGGGUCCUGUCAAGGUCGAAGACUACAAGAUUGCAGCCCCGCCUCGGGCAGCCAUGAAGGAGAACAUGGAAGCCCUCAUCCACCAUUUCCUACUGUUCACCAAGGGUUACACCGUGCCGCCUGGUGAUACUUACACCGCCAUCGAAGCUCCCAAGGGAGAAAUGGGUGUCUAUCUCGUCAGUGAUGGAAGCGAACGUCCAUACCGAUGCAAGGUUCGAGCUCCGGGCUUCGCCCACUUGGGUUGUUUCGACCAGAUCAGCCGUGGUCACUUGCUGGCGGACGCCGUCGCCAUCAUCGGAACAAUGGAUCUAGUGUUCGGCGAGGUAGACCGUUAG